AUGAGUGACGACCACCCAAAGUUUACCUGUAACACAUGCGGGUUAUCGUUCACAGACGCUGAGUAUCAGCGUGAGCAUAUGAAAACAGACUGGCAUCGUUACAAUCUCAAACGCCGAGUUGCCAAUCUACCGCCUAUUCCUUCGGAUGUAUUUGCAGAGAAAAUGAUCCAGCAGCGAUCGGCUCAGCUCGAGCCCAAGCCCCGUAAUGCUAAUCGUCAGGUCACCAAGAAAGAUCUGAAGCGCAUGGAGAAAGAGCGUAGGCGGCAAGAAGCCACGGCUGCUUCCGGUACGGCACCAACCGAGGAUGAAGACAAUCUUAGCGAUUCCGGAUCCAUUACAUCCCGGGCCCACAGUGUGACGUCUGCCAUGUCGAACUUCUCGCUGGGCGACCCGGUCCGUAGUGGCUAUCAAACGGAAGAAGACGACUUCAGUGCUAGCGAAGAUGAGAACGAUCAGGAUGAGGUUGAUCAGGUUCUACAGCACAAGAUCGCCAAUAUGGUAAAGAUUCCUGUGAAUAUUUCGUUUAUGGAUGGCCAUGUAUCUGAUUCUGUCGAGGCAAAUGUCGAUUACUUGGAGCGCAAGUACGGCUUGUACGUUCCCGAGAGGAUGUUCUUGACCGAUCUGGAGGGUCUGGUUGAAUAUCUUAAUGAAAAGGUAGGCCUGGGCAAUUGCUGUUUGUCCUGCAGCUACAUGGGUCGAUCACUAGAGGCAGUGCGAGCCCACAUGGUCUCAAAACAGCACGUCAAGGUUCCUUAUGAAACAGAGAACCAUCGGGCCGAGCUGGCUGAUUUCUACGACUUCUCCUCGUCUUAUAGUGCUAACGGAGACGAAUGGGAGGAAGUCAGUGACGAAAAUGGAGAGACUGAUUACACUGUGCGAGUCCAGGGCGGUGAUGAUGAAGACGCUGUCGAUAACAGUCUGUAUGUCGAUGGAUACGAGUUGGUGGUGGGCCCCGGAAAAGUCGCUGGUCACCGGUCCUUGCAACGCUAUUACAAGCAACGCUUCAAUUCUCUGCCCGAGAAGGAGGGCCCCAAGGCCGUUAAAAUGAUCGACAUGCGGGGUCCGGGUGUCACUGAGAAGGAGGCCACUAAGAUGAUCAAGCAGACCUGGAAGGAAGAGAAGAAGCAGCAGCACACCUUCUAUAGACGCGACAAGUUUAUCAACAACCAGAAGCACUUCCGCGACGAGCUUCUCCAAUAA